GGUGUUCUCACCUCGCGGCCAAAAAUCCAUCUUUCUCUGCGCGGGAGGCACGCAUGCGGCAGUGGAACGGAGCCGAAGUUGCUUGCCUGCCUGCCUACCGGCUUGAACAGUGCCAGAGUGCCGGCUGGUCCCGAUCCAACUCGGGGAGCGGAGUCAGUGUUCCUAGAGGCUGCUGACUGAGACACAGCGGAGUUGGGCAGCUGGCCGAGCUGCGUCGCUGUAAACAACUGCGAGUGUACAAUGACGCACCAGAAUUUACACUUGCGCGACUUUUGGACGAUCGACUAGACAUCUUUGGAGUGAGUCACAUUGGAAUGAACACUCACGGCUGUCAACUUGGAUAGUUGCCUGCCUGUCCGUCCCAAUGAGAAUUCAGCACUUUGGCAGUGAAAAACGCCGUGUCUGUCCAUAGAGAGCUGGACUGAGGUGCAGGUGGGCUGUCGUAUGAAAUUGUAGAAGGACUUGGUGGUCACACACCCUCAAUUCAGUUGUUACAAACACACUGUCGCUCGGAGUGGCGAGACGCAAAUGCGCACUCCACGGACACUCAACUCGGCACUAAACUUUUGCUCUGUGCGUGGAUCUAGUGAACAUAUCUUUUCUCUUCAAUGACCUUGUGAACAAACGGAAGAUAGAUGUUAUUUUGUGGGCUAAUAUAUUUUUCCAAAUAGCCUCAAAGGACCAGGGUUGGAAUAAGGAUGGCCAAUUGUGUUUGAGACACCUGCGUUGAUUAGCCGCACUUGGGAUUUCUCAAAUAUGGAUUAUAUGCGUAAUGUGGCUCAAAUAGCAGAGAAUGGAUAUUGUUUGUCGGUAAGGAUUUAAUCUUGAAUCGCUCAGUGGUGGAUUGAGGAGAGGGGCAGCCGCAGCCUGACAAUGCCCGACGCGUCUCGGGACAUGCCGGUGCAUUCCUCUCCAGCAGUGGCGGCGAACGCGGAGGGAGACGAGAUAGAAGUGCUGGAGAGUAUCGAUGUCCUUCCCGUGGCCCCAGAGGACCAAUGGAAAUCUCUGUUCGACAAGUUCGACCCAGAGAGUUCAGGCUUCAUCAGUACAGAGCGGUUCAGGGACCUGCUGGCGGCCCACGGCUCGGAGCUGGACCCUCACAAGCUGGAGGUUCUAUUGGCCCUCGCCGACGGCAACGCAGAUGGAAAGAUCUGCUACCAGGACUUUGUCAACCUGAUGUCCAGCAAGCGCAGCAACAGCUUCCGGCGGGCUAUCCUCCAGGGGAGUCGUCAGCUGAAGGGGGCCGGGGCCCUGGGGGAGGAGGUGGGUCUGGGUCUGUCCCAGAGGCUGGUGAGGCACAUCGCCUACGAGACCCUGCCCCGGGAGAUCGACAGGAAGUGGUACUUCGACAGCUACACCUGCUGCCCACCACCCUGGCUCAUCCUGGCUAUCACCAUCGCUGAGGUGGCAGUGUUCAUGUACUAUGGUCUGCAGUUGGACCGCUGGGUGCUGCAGGUGUCCAGUCCCCACUUCCUGAGGGGCCCGCUGCCCUACCACCCCCAACUACGGAUUCAGGCCUGGAGAUACGUCAGCUACGCCUUCAUGCAUGCAGGGAUAGAACACCUGGGUCUGAACAUGGCCAUGCAGCUGCUGGUGGGAGUCCCUCUGGAGAUGGUCCAUGGAGCGCUGAGGAUAGGACUGGUCUACGUGUGUGGCGUACUGGCAGGCUCCCUGGCCGUGUCUGUCACUGAUAUGACUGCUCCGGUGGUGGGGUCGUCUGGAGGAGUCUACGCCCUGGUCUCAGCACACCUGGCCAACGUCGUCAUGAACUGGUCAGGAAUGAAAUGUCAGUUUAAGCUGUUCCGGAUGGCCAUGGCUCUGGUCUGCAUGAGUGUGGAGUUCGGCCGUGCCGUGUGGCUGCGGUUCUACCCGCCGGCCUUCCCGCCCUGCCCCAACCCCAGCUUCGUGGCCCACCUGGGGGGUGUCAUGGUGGGGCUCACCCUGGGAGUUGUAGUCCUCCAGAACUACGAGCAGCGGCUCCAGGAGCAGUCUCUAUUCUGGAUCUUCUUCUCCGUCUACUUCCUCUUUGUCCUCUGUGCUGUCUUCUGGAACGUCUUUGCCUACAGCCUGCUGGACGUCCGGCUCCCCCCCACGCCAUGAACUCCGGAGGGGGCUACGUGAGCUGCCUCGCCCCCUCCCCUCCAGCUCUCCAGCUCUCCAGGCCUCCGAACUAGACUGGUCUCAAUAGUGCAGUGCUGCAUGCUAAGCCAGUUGGGCUUUUCAGAGAAAUCUCAGAGAAGACUGAGAGGGCCAACUACGUACUUCAGAUCCAAUGGAACAGAACAGUCUAGGUCCAAGACUUCAGAAUUGGUAUCUUCAUUCUAGAGUACUGUAUAGAACAGAGUAUGGCGGCACCUCCUCUUAAACCCAAUGGUGCCUAUUACUCUAAGAAAGAGGUUAUUAUGACAGCUUGCUUCAGUAAAGGACAAUUUCAUAGGGUUGGAGAUUGUUAUGAUACACAGGUGUCUUCAAUCUGUCAUACUAUAGUACUGUUAUAUGUAAGUCUGAACUGAAGCUAUGAAAUGUUCCACUGUUGACAUGUUAUACUGUACUGAGUACAUCUGAUGUGACAUGAUUUUGUUCCAACUUCCAGAUUUUUGUCUGGUUACCUGACUGUUUCUACAUUCAACGAUGCUACAUUGCUGCCUUUCACAAUAUGUUUGGCAAGACAAAGACAAAUGGCUAAAGCAGAAAGAGGUGGGUACUCAAGCUAGAUAUUUGCAGGGAGAAUAGGCUUAUGUUUUGUUAUUGCCUUUGGUGUGUGUGCCAUUCAUUAAAAGAAAGGGGUAUGGAAGCACAUAUCUUGCUCUAAGUAAGUCUUAACUGUGUCAAACACCCUGGUCACCUCAAAGAAGUGUGUGUGUGUGUGUGUGUGUGUGUGUGUGUGUGUGUGUGUGUGUGUGUGUGUGUGU